UUAGCCAUACAUGGCGCCCCUCACAAACUAGGCACUCUGCAGCUGAAUCGUCCAGCUUCUGUGCAGCUUUUGUUCAGCGGACGUUGAACCAGGCAUCAAGCAGGCAUCAACCACGCAUUACACGGACAUUAAACGAAAUAAACGCAUACACAAAUGUAAAGCUAACCUUGUUUGGUGAGGUCGGUAAAAAAAAAAAAAAGAAGAAAGAAUCCAGAAAAACACCAGCAGCCAUCCCUCUCACUUCUACUGCCGUCUUCCCACCGUCGUCUCCUCUUCCUCCGACUGCUCCAGUUCCCAACAUGGCAACUGUGUUUGUUCUCCGGCCGUGUCGCUGAGCCGCCGCCGCUCUGGACCGCCACCAUGGAGAAAAAACGCAGAAAGAAAUUAAUCUAGCUGCCCAGGCUAUUUGCAAAAUGGACUCAUUUUUGGAGCUGUGGACUUGAAAAUGCUCCGUCUCGGCCUCUGAUAUGAUAACACAGUUCGUGCUACUUUCUUUACGAGCCAAAAUGGUUCUAUUCUUGUUGCUGGCAUCCACACUUUUGGGAACGCUGGCAGGCCUUUUGCCUGUGGUGGGGAUGCAGUCAGAACGGGAGGCAAAACCCAGAUCUGACUGUCAGCCCCCCAACUUGCAGCCCCUGCUCUCGCCAGCCGGGUCAAACUGCUCCCAGUUGACCCUGAAACUGGAGUUUUCUUCUGAGGUGGUAGAACACGAGUACAUCGUAGCGUUUACAGGGUACUUCUCAGCCAAGGCCCGCAGCCUGUACAUCAGCAGUGCCUUGCGGGGAGCUGGAGACAAAAAGCUCGAGUGGCACAUCGUUCCCAGAGAGAACCCGGCUUCAGACUUUCCCAGCGACUUCGAGCUGGUCCACAUCAAGCAAGCUUCGUCCAGCAGCCUGCUGACCUUAGAGGAUCACCCUUACAUCAAGAGGGUGACGCCGCAACGCAAAGUUUUCCGAUCCCUCAAGUAUAUUCCCUCACCUGAACCUGCUGCACCCUGCAACGGCACACACGACUCCCAAAAAUGGCAGUCGUGGCAGUCUUCUCGACCCUUCAGGCGAACCAGCCUGUCGCUCGGCUCGGGUUUUUGGCACGCCACCGGCCGCCACUCCAGCCGCCGGCUGCUGCGUGCCAUCCCCCGCCACGUUGCUCAGAUCCUGCAGGCAGAUGUACUGUGGCAGAUGGGACACACAGGUUCUGGUGUAAAGGUAGCGGUUUUUGACACAGGUCUGAGUGAGAAGCAUCCACAUUUUAAGAACGUGAAGGAAAGAACAAACUGGACCAAUGAAAAGACUCUGGAUGAUGGCCUGGGCCAUGGUACGUUUGUAGCAGGAGUUAUAGCCAGUAUGAGGGAGUGUCAGGGCUUCGCCCCCGACUCUGAGCUCCACAUCUUCAGAGUGUUCACAAACAACCAGGUUUCCUACACCUCAUGGUUUUUGGAUGCUUUCAACUACGCCAUCCUGAAGAAAAUUGAUGUUUUGAACCUCAGCAUUGGUGGACCUGACUUCAUGGACCAUCCUUUUGUUGAUAAGGUGUGGGAGCUGACUGCCAACAAAGUGAUCAUGGUUUCUGCUAUCGGUAACGACGGACCUCUGUAUGGCACCUUGAACAAUCCAGCCGACCAGAUGGAUGUGAUUGGAGUUGGGGGGAUCGAUUUUGAGGACAACAUAGCCAGGUUUUCCUCCAGAGGCAUGACAACUUGGGAGCUUCCGGGGGGUUACGGCAGAGUAAAGCCCGACAUCGUGACCUAUGGUUCAGGGGUCCGAGGCUCGGGGUUGAAGGAGGGAUGCCGCUCGUUGUCUGGUACCAGCGUGGCCUCUCCUGUGGUCGCAGGUGCUGUCACCCUUUUGGCCAGCACCGUCCUCAACCGGGAACUGGUGAACCCCGCCUCCAUGAAGCAGGCUCUGAUUGCCUCGGCCCGCAGGCUGCCCGGGGUCAACAUGUUUGAGCAGGGCCACGGGAAACUGGACCUGAUCCGAGCGUAUCAGAUCCUGAACAGCUACAGACCCCAGGCCAGUCUCUCUCCCAGCUACAUCGACCUGACAGAGUGUCCAUACAUGUGGCCUUACUGCUCUCAGCCAAUCUACUACGGAGGAAUGCCCACCAUCGUUAACGUAACCAUCCUCAAUGGCAUGGGAGUCACAGGCAGGAUCGUCGACAAGCCCAUCUGGCAGCCGUACCUGCCUCAGAACGGUGACAACAUCGACGUGGCCGUCUCAUACUCACCUGUGCUGUGGCCGUGGUCCGGCUACCUGGCCGUGUCCAUCUCUGUGGCCAAGAAAGCUGCAUCGUGGGAGGGCAUUGCUCAAGGUCAUGUGAUGGUCACAGUCGCCUCUCCUGCAGAGAAUGAUUCAGAAGUUGGAGGGGAGCUUACGUCUACAGUCAAGCUACCCAUAAAAGUAAAGAUCGUGCCCACUCCACCUCGCAGUAAGAGGGUGCUGUGGGACCAGUACCACAAUCUGCGCUACCCACCCGGCUAUUUUCCCCGUGACAACCUCCGCAUGAAGAACGAUCCACUGGACUGGAAUGGGGAUCACAUCCACACCAACUUCAGGGACAUGUACCAGCAUCUGAGGAGCAUGGGCUACUUUGUGGAAGUGCUGGGAGCACCUCUGACAUGCUUCGACGCCAGCCAGUAUGGCACACUGUUAAUGGUGGACAGUGAGGAAGAGUAUUUUCCUGAAGAGAUCACCAAGCUGAGGAGAGACAUUGACAACGGCCUGUCGCUCAUCAUCUUCAGCGACUGGUACAACACCUCGGUGAUGCGGAAGGUCAAGUUCUACGAUGAAAACACCAGACAGUGGUGGAUGCCGGACACAGGGGGCGCUAAUGUGCCAGCUUUGAACGACCUGAUCUCGGUGUGGGGGAUGGCUUUCAGCGAUGGGCUGUAUGAGGGGGACUUCACCCUGGCUGAUCAUGACAUGUACUACGCCUCAGGCUGCAGCAUUGCCCGUUUCCCAGAAGAUGGAAUUGUAAUUGCCAAGAACCUGAAAGAUCAAGGUCUGGAAGUAUUGAAGCAGGAGACCGCCGUGGUGGAGGGAGUUCCCAUACUGGGCCUGUACCAAACCCCUUCAGAGGGGGGAGGUCGCAUCGCUCUGUAUGGAGACUCAAACUGUAUCGACGACAGUCACAGACAAAAAGACUGUUUCUGGUUGCUGGAUGCUCUGCUGCAGUAUACUUCUUACAGUAUGACUCCUCCCAGUCUCAGCCACUCCCACAGCAGAGUGGCGCCUCCUGCAGGUGCAGAGCGGCCACUGCCACAGAGACUGGAAGGGAAUCACCUGUACCGUUACUCCAAGGUUCUGGAGGCUCACCUGGGCGACCCUAAGCCACGCCCCCUACCAGCGUGUCCCCACCUAUCCUGGGCAAAGCCGCAGCCACUCAAUGAGACGGCCCCCAGUAACCUAUGGAAGCACCAGAAGCUUCUCUCCGUGGAUCUGGACAAAGUGGCUCUGCCUAACAUGAAGUCACACCGUCCCCAGGUCCGACCCCUGUCCCCUGGGGAGAGCGGGGCCUGGGACAUCCCGGGAGGGAUAAUGCCAGGUCGCUACAACCAAGAAGUUGGUCAGACCAUCCCCGUGUUCGCCUUCCUGGGAGCAAUGGUCGUUCUGUCAUUUUUCGUGGUUCAGCUCACUAAAGCCAAGAGCAAACCGAAGCGCAGGAAACCCCGGAUCAAACGGCCCACAUACCUCCAGCAGCAGACAGCGACAGCUGGGAAAACCCCCACUGUGUGACUGCAUAUUUGUACUGCUGCCGAACAGCUGGGCCCAACUCCAGAACCGAGACGUUGAAGAGAUAAGUCAGUGGAACUGCUUGGGCAGAGUCCUGGACUGCUUUUUAAAGCUUGCCGGACAUUAAU